AUGUUUUCUGGUUUUACUGCUGUUGAUUUGGUGGUCGUCAUGAACUUACAACAUCAGAGCACGUCUCAGCAUCCAGCUGAAGGUGGACCAACGGAACCCUCGGUCGAUGAACUCAAAGUGAUCAUUUCCCGCUUAGUAGAAAGAGUAACGACUAAUGCUAAAGAUCUGGGUGAUCUGGUGGAAAACGCUACCACCCCGGGCUCUCCAGCAACAAGCCAUGAAUUCUCACAGAUACAGUGUCUCUCAACUACCGUUCAAGAUGAUUUCCAAAAGCUUCGGGGGUUGCAAGCGGAGUACGAACAUCUGGUAAACGCAAACGGCUCAAGCGAUGUAGAUCCUCUGCUUAUGGACCUGUACGUUGUACUCAGCGAUGUAGACGCAGUACUGGCUUUCUCUAAAGCCUUCCUAGAGACAUCUGCAUCGGCGUUACACCCGGAAGGGGCACACGACCCCGCUAUUGGUGCAGACACUGUGGCCGCGCGUGGUCAAGCGGUAUCUGGUGAACAUGAAUCUACUGCAAGAGUUGGCUCAGGUACUCGCCUUCGUUUGGGCUCCACUGUACUUUCAACUUCCACGGAUUCCGACGCGAGAGUUCAGGUGAGCGUGGACCUACAUUCUGCACUUUCACGAAUCGCAAGCUUUCUUCUCUUGAUGCGGUCUAAUUCAGGUGCUUAA